AUGUUCACAGGAGCAGAGAAGCCUGUGGGCCUGCAGAGAAUGGACAAGAUGCUCAAGAAGAAGAGACGGACAGCAGACACUCUGGUCCAAUCGGAUCCCUCCCCUGAGAGUAUUCGGAGAAGGAGGGGCAACCACAACUGGCCCAGAGAGCGUCGGAACUCCCAGCUGCCCUUCCUGUGGAGAGUCACCCACACCUUCCGCUGGCUGGCGCAGGUGGCGGCUGCGGAGAUCAGCCUGCUGGCCUUCUUCCUGCUCCUGCUCAUGGUCUUCUCCGGGAAGUGGCUAUACCCCUCUGGGAGCCGCUUCUUCCAGCGCUGCCCUGUGAACGUCACCAACAAAGUCUACAGCUUCGUGUCCACCAUGUCCAUGGGACUCAUGUACCUCUGCAAAUCCAAGGGCUGUUCUAAUGCAGGCAGUGACAGUUAUAAUCUGUGGAUACAUCACCCUAUAUUUUUGGUGGCCAUGAUGACUUUCCUCCUGGCCUUAGCCCUGGGCCUCAUCCUCACUAUCUGGUUGCACCUGCCCUACCUGCCUUAUCUUCAGAGUUUGCCUAACUUCAGCUUGGUUGGGACCAUCCUGAGCUUUUGUGAAGUCACCUUCAUCUUUCUCACGCUUCUGCUGUUCCCCAUUAACCUCUGGAUCUUUGAGUUGAAGAGAAAUGUCUCCAUUCCUAUUGGCUGGAGCUAUUUCAUUGGUUGGCUUGUGUUUAAGCUGUAUAUCAUCUGUGGAAUCCUUUGCUAUCUCAACCACAAAAAUUUCUGGAGCCUCAUUCUGAGUGGAACCUCCAUGAAGAUUGCCUGCUUUGGCAGUUCCAGCAUAGUGGAAGAGUCCCCAAGCGACCAAGAGCUUAAGACUAUCUCAGACACUUCCAGCUACAAGGAGGAAGUCCCAAAUCUGCAUCACAAUGAGCAGCCACCAGCUUCUGACUGCUUGUCUCAGACUUACAGCUCAUUCACACAAUCCUUGGUAUAG